CGCACAUGUCCUAUUUAAGUAGAGCUGUUGCAGACUUUGUUUUGGAGACUUGUUUACAAUCGGAAAGCAGUUUCUUUAUUGUGUGCUUACGUAAAUGCAGGUCAACCACAACGGGGCAAGAAUGUUGCUGGGGCCGUCAUACAAUAAGUGAUUUGCCCUUUUGUGUGGAGAUGUUUUCAUCGAAGAGACAUUUGGAGACAAAAACACCCGUUGACGGGGUGGGGAGAUUGGAAUUCUUGCAACAGCUUGUGACCGAAUUCCAGACUUCAAAUGACAAUGGUGGAAAGAAUCAAGUUCUGGCAAAUCUAGCAAACUUUGCCUACGAUCCAAUUAAUUAUGAACAUCUCCGAAAACUAAAUGUUGUAGAUUUAUUUUUAGAUACUUUGACUGAGCCUGAUGAGAAGCAGGUUGAGUUUGGGCUUGGCGGACUUUGCAAUGUUGCCCUCGACAGAGGCAUUAAGGACCACAUUAUUAGUUCUGGUGGUGUCAAACUCAUCAUUGGUGUAUUAUCCAGAACUGAAGAGGAAACACUGGUCUCGGCAAUCACCACUCUUAUGUUUCUGAUGACACCACAAUCUAAAGCAGAGAUCACAGCGCCAUCUGUUGUCCAAUGCAUGCAAAGGUUUUCCCAGGCAACUAACAAGAGAUUAAGCAACCUUGCAAAUGUAUUUCUACAGGAUUAUUGUUCAGACCAUCAGCGACUCCAAGGACAGACAGAAGACAGCAGUAGUUUACAAGUAUUUGGCAUACCUCUACCAGAUCAACUACCGUCUUCUGGAGUCUCUAGUUUGGUUUAACAGGAUAUUUACUAAUACACGUACAUUGUAGUCGGAUUCGUUUUGGAACUUCCUAAAUGCAGAUAGAGUUCAAGGAACUGAUUUUUGUUUGCCCAAAGCAAGAUUGGGAGGAAGGGGUGUUCCUGUACCCUAAUUUUAGUAAAAGUCAUGCACGUAUUGUUUUAUUUAUUUAUAAUCGGCCUAUUCGCAAUUGCAGCUGCGCAUUACCGUUGCUGCGGACAACGCAAUUUGUGUAUCUUCCGUGACUGUUUGACAAUACCAGCAGGUAUCAUGUAAUUGCGAAUAAGCUUAUGCGGCAGGCGAAUGUUUAGCAGAGUUUUUCUUACUAGGCGGUUCGUUUACUUGCUUCACAAGUUCGUUGUUUGUUUUUUUUAAAAUAUACUUGUGCUUCUGGAAUAAAAUUCACGUUCAAUGAACUAAGUUUAUAUUGUCUUUCUUAAAAGUUGGUUUUCAUCCACCCAUGCUACCGUGAACAAUUUGUCAAGGAACAAAUCAUCUCUUCAUAAGAAGGCAUGCUAUUGAAAACAAGGGCUGACCUACACAUGUGCACAUAGUGAGGGCUUUGGCUGUUUGAUCACAAUUUUAAAGAUUUUUACCAAGGGGGAAAACAAAAACAGACUAUAAAAGUAGGAAGAUUAUCUUCCCAUAUUGACCCCUUGCAUGCGCGGCGACUGAUGCCACGCUUAUCAUGUUGGUGGGCAGUUAGGUUUACGUGUAUUGACGCCGCGUCACCUUAUCAAAUGCGCACUUCACUGCAUAGAGUUGUAUAUGAAAACGCACAGUGAAAUUGCCCACCAGUAUGGCGCAUUCAAGAUUUUUCUGAUGACGACGUCAGGUGAAAUGGGUCAAUAGAAUGAAUGUGCGUGUACAACGGGCGUGAUAUUCUUCCUACUUUAUAUGCAAGCCCUCAGUAGUCAAAAGCCUACCCUAAAUCUUAGUAGAUGGACAAACAGAAUGAAACACUUAGACUCAAGUUAACCUUGUACAUCAACUAUUUAUUUGCAACUCUGUAAAGAGCAUGUUUCUCUGACCAGUCACAGCGACAAAUCUCAACUUAGGUACAAUAAUAGCCACUGGCCAUAUUUGCGGUGUUAAGUCUA